AGAAGCUGAGGUUUUGGGAAGCCUGUGGGUAUAAGCUGAUUAGCUGGCUGCUUUACUUCUCACUGCUCCUCGAGGGAGGAGAUUUGGAGCAAAAAUAACCUCUAAGUCCUAUCAGCAGCAUGUUUACAGAUCACACAGGAUGGAAUAAGAACCAUUGUCUUAAGCUUUUCUGGAAUGUGGCAAGCAGCUUUCCAGACAUUUCUCUCUGUCCAUAGCUCAAGUCUAAAUCUUGGCGAGGAUACUUAACCUGAUUUCAUGCAUAUCUCCAUAGGACUAUCUGCAUUAGCACUAGAGUGAGUCGGAUUUUUUGUUUCCAUGCCGACCCUACGGAUGGUGUGAGCCUGUUGUCUUUGGUGGACUGAAGACGGAGAGGUAUCCCACAGUGCCGAGCACUGCUAGCAUGCCUGUGCAUCAAAUAUCAGUUGUGCCUAUUGCCAAGGAGACUGCAAGUAACAUUCGGAGCUCCAGCAGGACUAGAGACAAGAGUAAAGAGAAUGAGGGUGAGAAGGCACCUGGACGAUCAGGAAGUCGUUCCAGCAAUAUUUCUAAGGCGAGCAGUUCCAAGGAGUCCAAGGGAGCCGUGCUAAACAGUGUUUCGCAAACAUCAGUUACACCUUCUUCUCAAGACAUAUGCAGCUCUACUGUUUACACUAAACAUGCAGUAGAUGGCUCCGAUCAAGCUACACUCAUCAUGCCUGUAAGCCACGCCCCCCACUCUAUCCCCAACGCGAAGCGACAAGUCAAACGUCGCAUCCGGCGGCGACGGGACAACGGUGGAACAGGGACCGCUGGGUGUGUCACAGAGUGUGUGAACCAACCGAGACCUUCGCGGUCACAUAAACAUGUACCCACACGGUAUGAUUCGUCCUCUGAAGAUGAGCAGCGCUGGAGAGAAGCUCGCUCCUGGAGCCGUCAGAAAGCAAGACGGAGACGCAGCAGCAGCCGGCAAGUGCAAGCACAGGACAUCGUUGAGCUUGAUGAGGGACAGAAAGAGAACAGGCCUCCGCACUGCAAGAGCCCCACCACCAAGGGCCACAAAAAGGUUUUGGCAAAAAGGGAGGAGCGUGGGAGCCAAAGUCAGGCACCUAAAGAGGGUGGGCGUGGCAGUAGUAGGUGUGGAAGUGAGGAGGAUGAGCCUAUUAGAAAGUCGUAUGAGGAGGGAGGCUCUGGACACCCAGAUAUGGCUGUCCCGUCUGCCUAUAAAUGCACAAAUUCCCCCAAUCAAAAUGGUUCUUCUCAACAAGCAUGCACUGAUGAUGAACUAGAGGUGUGCAGGAUCUGUCACUGUGAAGGUGAUGAAGAAUGCCCACUCAUCACGCCCUGCCGGUGUACAGGAAGUUUGCGUUUCGUGCAUCAGACCUGCCUGCACCAGUGGAUCAAGAGCUCUGAUACACGCUGCUGUGAGCUGUGCAAAUAUGACUUCAUCAUGGAAACACACCUCAAACCUCUACGCAAGUGGGAGAAGCUGCAGAUGUCUGCAAGUGAACGAAGGAAGAUCUUCUGCUCGGUGACCUUUCAUCUGGCAGCCGUGGUGUGCGUCGUCUGGUCUCUGUAUGUUCUGAUUGACCGUACAGCUGAAGAAAUCCGACAAGGCAAGAACAACGCGUUGCUGCGUUUGUCCCCUCUCACUGCCGUAGGGGUGCUGGAGUGGCCGUUCUGGACCAAGCUUAUUGUGGUGGCCGUCGGAUUUGCUGGAGGACUCAUCUUCAUGUACAUUCAGUGCAAAGUCUAUCUGCAGCUGUGGAGGAGGCUGAAGGCUUUCAACAGGAUCAUCUUUGUACAGAACUGCCCCGACACCGUCCGCAACGGAGAUAACAGGCUCCCACUGGUCACCCAAAGCAACGGCAAACAUGAGGCAGUGGAGGUUUCUGGACCUCAGACACAGACGAACACUUCCUGCCCUGCUCCUCCGGGAAGUGUGGAGGUAGCUCCAGUCUGAAAGUGGGUGGAGAGGUUGUGGCCACUUACUGUCCCUCCGCAAAAUAGGCAUGAGGACAGAAGGUUGGCUGCGUCUCCAGAGGCUCACUCCAGAGUGUGGUUGAAAUGUGGGGAAAAUCUAGCCAAGAACUUCUAAUGCAUUUGACCAAAGUGAUGUUAACUUUAAUACAAAAAGCACUUUCUCCUUGCCAUUUGAUGUGUCUGAUCCUUUUUUUAAACAUGCAGAAAAAACAUAUCCUUAAUUCACACAAAAUGAAGGAUAUGUAAAAAAAAAAAUUCUUUAAAAUUACAGUUUAACUUAAUGAAAUGGUUAAAUUCAGUAAAAACCUUUAAAGUAAAAAACAAACAAACUAGAAAACAGAGAUGCAUUGGUACAUAGCUUGUAUUCUAUUAGCAAUGUGUAACUAUGAAGUUUUUUUGUUGUCUUCAAUGAAGCAAAUGAAAGAUCAGAAUUUUUUGUGUAAUUAUUUGUAGACACAUUAUGUUUGUCUAUACACUUAGAUGAAGAUCAGAUCACAUUUUCUGACAAAUUUAUUAAUUCCAAAAUACAUUUUCUUAUCACUGAAUUUGUUUUUUAGUUUAUUUAUUGAUGCAGUUGGCAGCAAAGGCACCACCAAAGCAUGACAUAACUAGAUCAUGUUUACCAUAGUUAACUUUUCAUUUCUACAGGUAAAAAGGGAACAUUUGCAAUAGAUUUGACUACUUUUAGAAAACAAAGUUAAAAUAAAAUUAUUUACACUUUAAGGAACAACCCAUAACUCUAUUUUUCUCCACAGCAAGCUGAAGAAUAUUAAAUAUUUAACUUAAGGUUGUAUUAGUAAACAUUAGUACAUGCAUUAACUAACAUAAAAAAAAACUGAAUAAUAUAGAUUUUCAGCACCUAAUUAAUAUUUGUUUAUGUUAGUUAAUACCAAUACAAUUGUUCAGGUUAGUUCAUUGUGCAUUAACUCAUGUUAACAACUUUUGAUCUUAAAGGGGACAGAGAAUGAAAAACCAUUUUUACCUUGUCUUUGUUGAAUAAUUGUAGUCUACCCACAUUCACAAACAUACAAAAAGUGCUAUACAUGCUAAACAUCUCAGUCUCAUAGAAAUUCCUCUUUUAGAAAUGUCAGCCAGAAAACGGCCCAAUCUGAAAAACUGAUGCUUAUGACAUCACAGGCAUCUAAC